AUGGAACAUUCAGGUAAACCUUCUGACAGUACAGAUGUCGGUCUGCAAACCUAUGAGGAGAAUGAAGAAACUGCAGUUAAUGAUCUCAGUGAAGACAUGGCUUCCAUUGUGCCAUCUGUAAGAGAUGAGGAAGCAUUGCAGGAACAAGAGCAGAACUUCAAUGUUCAGCGUGAAGGGGUACAAAGCAUGGAUGAGCAAUUGCAUACUGACAUUGAAGAAAGUCCAGAUAUCUCAGAAGAUUUAAAUACCAGUCAGGACAUGGUCAGCAAAGAUCAUGAACCUGAUUCUGCUGAAAGGCAACAUAAACAGGAGGCUGAACUUACACCACUGGACAGUGUUAUAGAUCCAGCUGUGACAGGGGAGCAACUUAUUGGAGAUCAGACUGCUUCAGAGCUCAGCAUUGAUUUACCAGAAAAAGAGCAGGUGCCAGAGCCAAUGCAGGAAGAACAUGUACAAAUAAUAAAUCAUACACAGGCAGAAGAGAUUACAGUGUCAAAAAGAGAAGAAGAGGAUCCAUCUGCAGAAACAGAUAAGAACAUUUCUUCAGAUAUAACCAGUCCAACAGCAACAGUUAAGGCAAUGCUAGUACCUGUUGGUCAAGUGGUUACUAUUGCAUUUUCCAUUGGAAAGUCUGUGGGAAACCUUAAAAGUUACUUUGCAUCCCAGAUGAAAAUACCAGAAACAGUCAUACGUAUUAUGUUUGAAGGCCAAACAGUAGAAGACCAUGAGACUUUAGUAGAUCUUGGCAUCACACCUCAUGGUACUAUCCAGCUGGAUAUGCAGUCAAUGGAUCCUGAAAACUAUCCAAUCAAAGCUAUGAAAUUUCAGCAUGAAUACAGCAUGCCAGAUGUCAUAACUGUCAGGGUACAAACAGGAGAAGAUGCUUAUCAAGAUAUAGCAGUGGAAAUUGAAAGAUUAAACUACCGCAAACCGUAUCUGGGUGGAUAUCGACACAAAUUGACAGAAGUGGUGUACCACCAUGCUGGAACACAGACUGUACCCAAAAAAAGACCAGAUAGAGGAGUUGAAGUAUUCUGUAGAGACACUCAGACGGUAUUUGAAAAGAACAAGCCUCAACAGUCAAGGAAUACAAUGUCUACACAAAUGACAAAAAUAAGUUACUAUGUAUCAAAUAUAACUGAUAAACUCUUGCAACCCUCAAAAUAUGUUACAGCAGAUGAGUAUCACGCCAGAAGAGUGAGAGCAGUGAUAGUAAUACAGACUUACGUUCGACGAUUUCAUGCCAAAAAAGUGGUGGAGCAACUUAGAGAGGAAAAAAACCUGAGACUGCAAUGGGAAGAAAGGGAGGAAUUGCGAAAGAAGCAAGAGAAAGAAGAAAGGCUGAGAAAAGAUUAUGAGCGCCGAAUGAAUCCGAAGACUAAGGAAGAUUUUGAACUUCUCUACCAUGCACUUGAAUUAUGGAGAAAAGAAGAAGUGGAACGUAUUAACCAACAAUAUACGGGUGCUGAAAGGAAAGCAGCUCUAUGUGCACUGCUGGAACAGGAGACCCAGCUGAUCUCUUCUAUUGGCAGACACAAAAUAGAUGCUGGAGAAGAAAGCCAGCAGAAAGCUAUACAGUCUCUCCUAAACAAGUGUUGUGAACCCAAAAAAUGGAAAGCAUUUGAUGGAAGAAUAACGGAGAUGGAUACCCAGUUUACAAUCCGUGCCAGAGAGUUACAUGAGAUUUAUAACAGCAUUAACACCCAAUACUUCACUCGUGAUGAGAGGCUUGAUGCUCUUUUGACACUUAAGCAUACUGUCAAGGAACACGAUUGCAAAUUGACCCAAGAGAUUGUAGAGCUAAUUGACAGAGAGGCUGACCUUUUAAUGCGUGGUGUACAAGAACACAACUUGGAAGGACUUCGGAAGAGAAUAUCCACGCUUUUCCUACAAUACAUAAAAAUCCCCACAUUUAACCCUGAAAUUGCCAGAUUACUCAAGGUUCCACAAGAUCCUGCCGUUCUUCGAAAAAAUAUAUAUUUCUGUCUCAGCUGCAAAAGCUACUUACCAUCAACUGAGUUUUCUCUUUCUGCCAAUGCUCGCAGUAUUGGCAGGUGUCGAAAAUGUUCAAAACUGGAUAAUGAAGCUCGACAGAGAGAAGAAUUUUCAAAAUAUAGACUGUUACUGAAACAACUGAAAAAAUCAGAAGUAGAAUAUGGGGAUGAUGCUAAAAUAGCAUUUGUGCUCCAGCAAGAAGACCUCCAAUAUCUUGUUGAGAAUAUCUGGGCAGCUCAAUCUGUUGUCAGUGCCUGUGAUGACCUUUAUGAUCUAGUCAUGGUUAGGUGGGACAAAUACUGCGAGUGGUCUCCAUGGAACUGUAUCCUCUUAACAAAAGAUGAAGCGGCUGCCCAUCUCAAACUUGGCUAUGCGGAGCAGGCUUAUGGCAUUGUUUUUAUUCGAAAGAUCAAGCACAGACACACUCUUGCCAAGAACUAUUUUUCACAGAUUCCAGAGAUGGCACCAUUUCUUCAUCGGGAGAAAUCGAAUCAGAUGCCUGCAGUUAAUGAUCUGGUUAUUAGUAAACCUAUUACUGCUGCUUUUCAAAACUAGACUAUUUUCUGCUUACUUCAGUAUGUUUGUCUUUUCCGUUAAGUGCCUUUAUUUUUUCCCUGCUGGGUAAUUCAAUGAUAGAACAUUUUCUGAUUCCAGCUAUGCUCAGUACAGUUCUCUGGAUCCUGUAUCCCUCACCCCCAGACAUAGAGCUGUAAUUGUAACAUUACCAAACUUAAUAUAAAAA